AUGUGUCAGAUGAUCCGAACUGUCUCGAGAUUUUAUGAUGACAUAGUCCACAUAUACCUCAAUUUCUUUGUGGAUCAUAUCAUGGAAAAUGGUGGUCAUAACUCUCAUCCCUCAACUCUCCAAUUUUUCUCGUUCUGGCGAGAAGUAGCAGCCGCCAAGGACCAGGCAGCGCCGCCUCUCCCCUCUUCUCCUCCCCUCCCCGUCACCUCUUUAUCUCCCCUCACUGCUCCUCUCCGGCGAGAAACAACAGCCAACAGCAGCAGCAACCAGGCUAGGGCCACCGGCGAAGCCACCGCAAGGACCAGCGAUAAACACCCGCAGCUCCGGCUAGCGAUCUCGGGCAGGACGCCGAAACAGCAGCUCCAGCGAAGCCUCAAAAGCAGCAGCUCCGACGAAGCAGUGGCGACGGCAAGCAACACCACAGAUAGAGUUUGCUCGGGCGAAGCUAUGGAGUUUUGGGUCCAUUGGAAACGGUUUUUUUCAGAUCCGUCCGGUUUUGGCCAUUUACAGCUGCAUUUUUGCCAUGAUCUGCUGUUGGAACCACUUCCUGCUGCAUUUUGAGGUUGUUUCUUGCUUCAUUUUGAGAAAAACUACUGCAUCUUUGGACAAUUAGUUCCUGCAAUUCAAUCAGAUUUGAGGCUAAGUGCCUGAUUGUAAUUUUUUUGACAAUACAUAUGCUACAUUUUGUAUGAUGUUACACUUAUUUGAAUGAUACUACAAAGGCUGUCGAAAUAAAGUUGAGGGAAAACCCCUUCAGAA